AUGUAGCUAAUCGAGUGACCUCAGAUUGUCGCAGGACCAAUGCACGCCUCUACAGUCGAACAUUUAUGCAAGCCGAUGAAAAAACAUUCGUAACACGAUUAAAUACGAAAAAAUUAACCUGUGCUUCCAGCAGUUCAAGUUCACCAAGUGUUACUUACUGAACCAGCUGAUAAACGGCGCAAAAGCAGUUGUCCAUGGCUGGAAUCGAAGAGCUAUCCCCGGCUGCGGGCCCAGUCGAAACCCGGCCCCCCGCAGGCGAGAUCGAAGGAGAUGAUGAAGACGAAGAGCUGGACGAGACUCUGGUGGAGAGGCUUUGGGGUCUGACUGAGAUGUUUCCUGACACACUGCGCUCUGCUGCAGAGGUGUCAGCUGGUUGCUCAGUCUCUCUAGCCAAGAAGCUGUACAGUUUCUCCCGCUCAGCCCUGUGGGUUGGCACUACCUCCUUCAUGAUCCUGGUACUUCCUGUAGUGUUUGAGACUGAAAGGCUACAGCUGGAACAGCAGCAGCUACAGCAGCAGAGACAGAUUCUAUUGGGACCCAACACUGGGAUGUCUGGGGGCAUGCCAGGAAUGAUGCCCCCCACUCCAGGGAAAAUGUGAUGAAGACAUCCUUCAGCCAGAAAGCAAUCUAGCAAGGAAGAGUGGAAGCUCAGAAUGAGAGACAGAGGGGAAAGAAGAAAAAAAGAAGCUGCAUUCAGUCAGCACGUGUGUUCAUUCCAACAUCCAGGAUUGACGUUUGAGGGGAUAAGGGGUUAGAGGAGCAUAAUGAUGAUGUCACCUCCUGGAUGUUGCACUAAUGAACGCCCCCCCCCCCCCCCCAUUUGCUGUCUCUCUCACUCAACAUCCUGCAGAGACUGACUUCUGAGCACUGACCUUUUACUUAUUUUUUAUAUUUAGCGAUAUAAAUGUGUUCCAUAGGGGGAGGUGAUUGGAUUGGAUUAUUGAAGAAUGAUUUACUGAGGUUGAAAGGGGUUAGUGUGUGUUUAUGUUUCUAUGUGUGGUCUGAAUGAGUGUUUUCAUGUGGGUGUAUAACUACAUUUUGGGCCUUGGAACAGUUAAAUUCCUGUGUCCUGUUUUUGGAUAUGAGUCAAUACGUCCUCUUUGAAAAAUCAUGGUAGAGCUGACACUAAAAGCAUAAACUUAUCACAUAAACCACACAGCUGUUCCAGGAGGAUACUUAUGUCUGCUGUUUUUUGUUGCUACACCUGGUUUACUUUGUCCCAGAAAACCCAGGUAGAGGUGACCUUGUUGGUUCAAUGACCUACUGUAAUGGCUGAUGUCUGGACUGAGGCAGCAGAGCAGCAGGUCAUAUGGCCCUCCCAAGGACUAAGCCAUAGGAUGUUGAAAUGUCUGUCAUUGUUGGCUAGUGAGUUAUCUACGUUCUCAGUGAGAAUGUUUGCACAGGGAUACAUCAAGCCAACAUGCAUUGUGGUCCAAUAAAAUGCAAUGGUAAAAUGGCGAGGUUAUCCUGUAGCCCACUAGUCUUUCAGUACAAGUUUAAAGAAUCGUAUGUGACGUUGUCUGAAGCGUUAAGUCCCAGCUAAUGUUUCAGUCACAUGUUGCCAUUUAGCACUGUAACACGUGGGGUUGACCUUACCUUAGAAAAAUGCCUCAGAAAAUGUCUGUUAAGUUUCUUACAGCAAUUUACUGGAUGUUAAUUCUGAACUCAAUAGCGCACACAAUCCUGUCAAGCCUGAGUAGAUGUUGUCAAUUACUUUUGUUGUCGCCCCUUUCGGAACGUAUGGUAUCUUACCUCUGCUCCUGGAGCAAAUCUGUGUUUUCAACAAGAAUCAAGACUGCAAGAAUAAAAACAUCAAGGAGAAGGAAA